AUGCUGACGUCAACCCUCCACACGUACUACAAGCGCGACGUCAUUGCCAAGUACUCAAGUGUAGUGAAGCCAUCGCUGACCGACGCCAACACAGUGUGCCGACUCAACUGGGCCCUCGAUCAUGUUCGCGACAUCGACGGCGAGAAGUUCAUCAACGCCAUGUACGACACGGUCAAUGUGGACGAGAAGUGGUUCUUCAUUACAAGACUGCAAAGGAAGGUCAUUGGUGCCCCUGGCGAGAAGAUCAAGCAGCGAACAUGUAGGUCCAAGCGACAUCUGCUGAAGGUCAUGUUCCCGUCUGCCGUGGCUCGAACGCGCUGGGAUGAUAGCAAGCAAGAAUGGUUCGAUGGGAAGAUCGGUACGUGGCACUUCACCGAGACUGUCCUUGCUCAGCGUCGCAGUUGUCGGCGUGAUGCCGGAACUCCUGUCAUGAAGACUGUGAAUGUGACCGGGCCGACGUACAAGGCAAUGCUGAUCGGCAAUGUGAUUCCAGCGAUUCGUUCGAAGUGGCGAAGCGGAGAGUCAGGGGCCAUCAAGAUUCAGCAAGACAACGCUCGACCCCAUAUACCUCCAAGCGAUGUGGACAUCGUUGCUGCGUGUAAGGCGAAGGGGUGGGACAUGCAAGUCGCCUUCCAACCACCCAACUCACCCGACCUGAAUGUUCUCGACCUUGGUUUCUUUCGGGCCAUUCAAACACUGCAAGUUGAGAAGCAUUCGAGCAGUUUCGAGGAUAUUUUUGCGGCAACCGAGGAGGCGUGGACUCGUGUCAGUCCGCUCACUCUGAACAAGAACUUUCUCACCCUGCAGAGGUGCCUGGAAAAGGUCAUGCUCCGCAAUGGUGGGAAUGACUAUAAGAUCCCACAUAUGAAAAAAGAUGCAUUGUAG